UCACACUAACUUAGUCUAGAAAUAAAUAGUUGUUGUAAUUUUUAAAAGUCGAGAUAGCGAAGUUUACGGGGUGCAAGCUGCGGCACGCACACAGGCGCAACGGCCGCCAUUUUGAUUACCGUACGGUGUGUGUCUGUGAACAAAGCGCCGUCAGACGCGAGCGGGACGCGGCUGCGCACGAGUCGGUCGGACGUAUAUACCGGACCCGUUUUUUUUACCGCUAAAAUGUCCUUUACUUAUAAAUAACAGUCCCAAAACUAUCUAAAAACAAAAUGAAGUGCCUGUUUCUCAUACCGUGAGUGAUUAUAGUGGUGUUGACCGUAUUGAAACAAAUGUGAGUGGUCCAUGUGUAAUGUUGUGUUACAAAAUGUGGUCUAGAAACUUUAUACCGGAUUAUGGGAUUCAAAUUCUGGUGCUGUGCUUCCUACUGGGAGCGUUGAGCAUACAGGAGGCCGAAGGUUUCGUGUCAUGCUCGCCCUCACCGUGCAAGAACGGAGGCACGUGUCUGUCGACGGCACGUGGAGAAUUCUUCUGCAAUUGCACAUCCCGCUAUGCCGGCGAGUUCUGCCAGCAUCUCAACCCCUGCCACAGUGAGUCCAGCCCGCGCUGCCAGAACGGGGGCAGCUGCCGCGUCCGUCCAGGCGCCGGCGGCGGCCCGCCGUCCUUCGCCUGCGACUGCCCUCUGGGCUUCAGCGCUUCGCUCUGCGAGAUCAGGGUCCCAGCGGCCUGUGACUCUGCACCGUGUCUAAAUGGAGCUACGUGCAGGCUAACGUCGCUGCAUUCGUAUGAGUGCGAUUGCCCGCCUGGGUAUACUGGUGCCGAAUGCUCGCAUGAAGACCACUGCGCCUCUCAACCUUGCCGCAACGGCGGGCGCUGCGUCGCUGACAACAGUACCACCGCCGGCUACUCCUGCGCAUGCCCUCCAGGCUUCACUGGCUCCCGCUGCACUGAUGACGUCAUCGAAUGCACGUCGUCAGGCUCCGGACCGUGUCACCACGGCCGAUGCUUUAACACGCACGGGUCGUACACGUGUGUGUGCGAGCCGGGGUACACGGGGAGAGAUUGUGAUGCGGAGUACGUGCCGUGUGAGCCGUCGCCGUGCUUGCAUGGCGGGACUUGCACGCCGCUGGACCAGCUGAGAUACGAGUGCGAGUGUCCGCAAGGUUACCGAGGCCAAAACUGCGAGAUUGACAUCGACGACUGCCCCGGCCACCUCUGCCAGAACGGCGCCACUUGCGUGGACACAUUGAACAACUACACCUGCGAAUGUCCGCCAACGUUCAGCGGGAGAUAUUGCGAGACUGAUGUUGACGAGUGCGCUUUGAGACCGCUGGUGUGCCAAAACGGCGCGACCUGUACCAACUCCGUCGGCGGCUUCUCUUGCAUCUGCGUGAACGGCUGGACUGGUCCUGACUGCUCGGUGAACAUAGACGACUGCGCUGGUGCGGCCUGCUUCAAUGGAGCCACGUGUAUUGAUCGAGUUGGGGCGUUCUACUGCAGAUGCACUCCUGGAAAGACUGGUCUUCUCUGCCACCUGGACGAUGCCUGCACCUCGAACCCUUGCCACGCGGACGCGAUCUGUGACACCAGCCCCAUCAACGGCUCCUACACAUGCUCCUGUGCGUCUGGCUAUAAGGGGCUCGACUGCUCCGAGGAUAUCAAUGAGUGCGAACAGGGAUCGCCAUGCGAGCACGACGGGCUCUGCGUGAACACACCAGGGUCGUUUGCCUGCAACUGCUCCGUGGGUUUCACGGGUCCUCGCUGCGAGACCAACGUGAACGAGUGCGAGAGCCAUCCCUGCCGGAACGAGGGCUCGUGCCUGGACGAUCCUGGGACUUUUAGAUGCGUCUGCAUGCCUGGUUUUACUGGAACGCAGUGUGAAGUAGAAAUAGAUGAGUGCGCCAACAAUCCCUGCUUGAACGGCGGCGUCUGCCACGACAUGAUCAACGCAUUCCGUUGCAACUGCGUUAUCGGAUUCACCGGUGCCAGAUGUCAAGUGAACAUCGACGACUGCGCCUCCAGCCCUUGCCGCAACGGAGGCACCUGUCACGACUCCAUUGCUGCCUAUACGUGCGAAUGCCCACCAGGUUAUACGGGAAUGUCAUGUGAAACGAAUAUCAACGACUGCUUGUCAGCUCCGUGCCACCGCGGCGAGUGCAUCGACGGAGAUAACAGCUUUACGUGCAACUGCCAUCCCGGGUACACGGGUCGCGUGUGCCAGACGCAGAUCAACGAAUGCGAGAGCAACCCUUGUCAGUUCGGAGGCCACUGCGAAGACCUGAUCGACGGCUACCAGUGCCGUUGCAAGCCUGGCACGUCAGGCCGCAACUGCGAAAUCAACGUCAACGAGUGCUAUUCUAAUCCAUGCAGGAACGGGGCCACAUGCAUUGAUGGAAUCAACAGGUAUACUUGCGAGUGCAUCCCGGGCUUCACGGGUCAGCACUGCGAGACGAACAUCAACGAAUGCCUGUCGAACCCUUGCGCGAAUGGCGGGAAAUGCAUUGACCGCGUCAAUGGCUUCCGCUGCGAGUGCCCGAGGGGAUAUUAUGAUGCCAGAUGUCUAUCGGAUGUGGACGAGUGCGCGUCCAACCCCUGCAUAAAUGGCGGCUCGUGCGAGGAUGGAGUUAACCAAUUCAUCUGCCACUGUCUACCUGGAUAUGGAGGUCAACGCUGCGAGCGUGACAUAGACGAAUGCAGUUCGAAUCCUUGUCAGCACGGUGGGACAUGUCACGACCGCCUCAACGCCUACAAGUGCGACUGUAUACUGGGUUUCAAUGGUGUGAACUGCGAGACGAAUAUCGACGACUGCGCCGGCAACCCGUGCCUCCACGGUGGCUCCUGCAUCGACCUGGUGAACGGGUACAGAUGCGUGUGUGCACCGCCGCAUUCAGGGCGCAACUGCGAAGACACGCUGGACCCUUGCACGCCUAACCAAUGUCGCCACGGCGGCCGCUGCGUGGCCGAAGCGUCCUACGCGGAGUUCAACUGCCAAUGCCCGGCUGGUUGGACCGGGGCGCUCUGCGAGCGGGACAUAGACGAAUGCUUCGCUACCUCCCCGUGCCACAACGGGGCCACGUGUGUGAACACGGGCGGGAGUUACACGUGCGUGUGUGCGAGGGGCUACGAGGGCAAGGACUGCGCGAUCAAUACGGACGACUGUGCAUCUUUCCCAUGCCAGAACGGCGCAACAUGCCUCGACAGCAUCGGCGACUACAACUGCGUGUGCGCAAGCGGCUUCGCGGGCAAGCUGUGCGAGAUCGACAUCGACGAGUGCCAGUCCAGACCGUGUAUGAACGGUGCCACUUGCAACCAGUACGUGGCGUCCUACACCUGCACCUGCCCACUCGGUUUCUCGGGCAUUAACUGCCAGACGAACGACGAGGACUGCACCGACUCGAGCUGCAUGAACGGCGGGACCUGCAUCGACGGCAUCAACUCGUACAACUGCAGCUGUCAGCCUGGCUACACGGGCUCGAACUGUCAAUUCCGGAUCAACAUGUGCGACAGCUCGCCGUGCGACAACGGCGCCACCUGUCACGACCACGUCACCUACUACGCUUGUCACUGCCCGUACGGAUACACUGGAAAGCAUUGCGAGUCCUUCGUCGACUGGUGCGAGGGCAACCCGUGCGAGAACGGAGCGACGUGUUCGCAGAAGGGCCCGCAGUACACGUGCGCGUGCGCGCCCGGCUGGUCCGGCAAGCUGUGCGACGUCGAGAUGGUGUCAUGCAAGGAUGCGUCUUUCAGAAAAGAUGUGCCGCUAAAGCAACUGUGCAACAACGGCACAUGCGAGGACAUCGGCAACUCGCACCGCUGCCACUGUCUCGACGGCUACACCGGCUCCUACUGCCAGAAGGAGAUCAACGAGUGCGAGUCCGCGCCCUGCCAGAACGGCGCCCUCUGCCGCGACCUCGUCGGCACCUACCAGUGCCAGUGCGCCAAGGGCUUCCAGGGACAGAACUGCGAGCUCAACGUCAACGACUGCCUCCCCAACCCCUGCCAGAACGGCGGCACCUGCCACGACCUCAUCGACAACUUCUCCUGUUCCUGCCCCUUCGGCACCCUCGGCAAGAUCUGCGAGAUAAAUGUCAACGAUUGCAAACACGACGCCUGCCACAACAACGGAUCUUGUAUAGAUAAGGUCGGCGGCUUCGAGUGCAAAUGCCCGCCCGGCUUCGUCGGACCGCGAUGUGAGGGCGACAUCAACGAGUGUCUCUCAGACCCCUGCGCCAGCCCUGGCACGCAGGACUGCGUCCAACUCAUCAACGACUACCACUGCAACUGCAAGCCUGGCUACAUGGGCAGACACUGCGCCGACAAAGUCAACUUCUGCGCCAACUCCCCCUGCCAGAACGGAGGUGUCUGCACCGCCAUCCAGGGGCGCCACGAAUGCCUGUGCAAAGACGGCUUCCAUGGCAAAGAUUGCCAGUACUCCGGCUACGCCUGCGACUCCAACCCUUGCCAAAACGGCGGUUACUGCCGCACUUCCGAAAUAGGCGGCUACAUAUGCGAGUGCCCGCGAGGACUGUCCGGCGUCAACUGCGAAAUAGACUCCAUGAAUGAGUGCCUCAGCAACCCGUGCAAGCAUCCCGAAGCCAGAUGCAUAGACAAGCCGGGAGACUACAUCUGCUACUGUCCGAACCAUCACACGGGCAAGAAUUGCGACCACUACGACCCGGACGCGACGGGAGGCUACGGUGGGCUCGACUGGUCCUACCAGAAAGAGCAGUGUGCCAAGAUGGGCUGCAAGCAGAAACAGGGUGACCACAACUGCGAUGAGGAGUGCAACACCUACGCCUGCGAGUUCGACGGCAACGACUGCUCCCUCGGCAUCAACCCGUGGGCGAACUGCACUGCCGCCAGCGUCGGCAUCAGGUGCUGGGAGGUGUUCAUGAACGGCGAGUGCAACGAGGCCUGCAACACCCAGGAGUGCCUCUUCGAUGGACGCGACUGCGAGAAGUCCCUCAACAGAUGCAAUCCGAUCUACGACGCCUACUGCCAGAAGCACUACGCCAACGGCCACUGCGACUACGGCUGCAACAACGCCGAGUGCAACUGGGACGGGCUGGAUUGCGAGAACGAGCUGCCCCCGCACCUCGCCGACGGCGUCAUGUCCGUUAUCCUCCUCAUGGACAUCAACGAGUUCAAAGAGAACUCGGUCGCUUUCCUGCGAGACUUGGGCCAUCAGUUGCGCACCACGGUCAGGAUCAAGAAGGACCAUUUGGGUAACGACAUGAUUCGCCCUUGGUCGCGGACGCAAGACAUCGGCUUGCAAGAUUCGGAGGUCGCCAAGACGCAUCAGAUCAUAUUCAUGGAGAAAGUACAGAGCGGCGUGCAAGUGUUUUUAGAGAUAGACAACAGGAAAUGCACGGGAUCUGAGUGCUUCUUCUCGGCGCAGGAAGCUGCAGAGUUCUUGGCGGCUACGGCGUCUAAGCAUCCUUUAUCCAACGCCUUCCCCAUCUUCAAAGUGAAGGGUGUGGCGUCAGGGCCAGAUCCGGAGCCUCCCACCAACUCUAAAUACGUGUUUAUCGGAGUGAUACUCGUGUUACUGGCUGGAUUAUUAAUCGGUGUGCUUGUAACGGCGCAGAGGAAGCGAGCGGCCGGUAUAACAUGGUUCCCGGAAGGGUUUAUCCGGAACAAUUCUUCGACCCGGCGCCGCUCGCGUCGCCGCGGCCCGGACGGACAAGAGAUGAGGAACUUGAACAAGGGUUCCAUGGGUUGUAUCGAUGUGGAUAUCAAUGGUGGGCAUAUGGGUCCUCCGCAUUGGUCGGAUGAUGAUGACGACGGCUUAGCACCGCCAAGGGCCAAACGUUCGCGAGGUCCUGGGGAUUCUAACGGCGCGCCAGGAGGGUACGCGUCGGACCACACGGUGAUCACGGACUAUGAAGAAGCUGGUCAUGACUCCAGGGUAUGGACGCAGCAGCACCUGGACGCGGCGGAUAUCAGAGUGCCUCCUAGCAUGAUGACGCCACCAGCUAUCCACGACGGUCAUGUAGACGUGGACGCCCGCGGCCCACUCGGCAUGACGCCACUCAUGGUGGCGGCGGUCCGGGGCGGCGGACUGGACACCGGAUCGGACGCCGAGGACGAGCAGACGGCCCACAUCAUAUCGGAGCUGGUCGCGCAGGGCGCGCAACUGAACGCAGCUAUGGACAAGACAGGAGAAACCAGCUUGCACUUGGCUGCUAGAUACGCCCGCUCUGACGCCGCUAAGCGCCUGCUAGACGCCGGCGCCGACGCCAACUCACAAGACAACACUGGCCGAACGCCGCUACACGCCGCCGUGGCCGCGGACGCCAUGGGCGUGUUCCAAAUACUGCUGCGCAACAGGGCCACGAACCUCAACGCUAGGAUGCACGAUGGGACCACGCCGUUGAUAUUGGCCGCCAGGUUGGCCAUCGAAGGCAUGGUUGAGGACCUAAUCAACGCGGACGCCGACAUAAACGCAGCGGACAACAGCGGCAAGACGGCGCUGCACUGGGCCGCCGCGGUGAAUAACGUCGAUGCGGUCAAUGUUCUGCUCAUGCACGGCGCGAAUAGGGACGCGCAAGAUGACAAGGACGAAACACCACUCUUCCUCGGCGCUCGCGAAGGCUCGUACGGCGCUUGCCGCGCGCUGCUCGACGCCAUGUCCAACCGCGAGAUCACAGACCACAUGGACCGUCUGCCAAGAGACGUGGCCCAAGAAAGAAUGCACGACGAUAUAGUACGGCUGCUGGACGAGCACUGUCCAAGGCCACAGCCGCAACAUCAUCAUGUUAUGCAAUCCCCAAACCCACAUCCACAGCUGAUCAGCCAGCCGACGGUGAUCAGCUCUGCCAAGGGCAAGCCGAAGAAGCCGCGCGCCAAGGCCGGCCCCGAGAGCCCCCAGGAAUACGACAACAACAACCUGCAGCACUCACAGAUCAGACGAAAGCCCAGUGUGAAGAAAAACAACAAGAAAGUAGCGCAGGAGGUCCCACAGAGCGUGGAGAGCCUCGGCUCCAGCCUCAGCCCAGUAGAGUCGCCGCUUCAAAAUUUACAGGAUUUGCCGUCACCGUACGACGCGACGUCUUUGUACUCGAACGCGAUGGCGCAGUUCGCCGGCAUUGAGCAGCUGAUGACGCACAAGCAGCCGCCAAGCUACGAGGACUGCGUUAAGACGGGUCAGUCGCUGCAGCAGUCGUACGGCGGCGGCGCGCCCACCCUGUCGCCACCCUACUCCAACCACUCGCCGACCCACAGCAACCACACCACCUCGCCGCACGCCUAUAUCGGUUCGCCCUCGCCCGGCAAGUCGCGGCCAUCUUUGCCCACGUCGCCGGCCCACAUGGCGGCCCUGCGCCAUUCACACCAGCACCAACUCGACGCGGCAGCUUAUUCUGCUCUCGCGCAUUUAAGUGCCACGUCGCAGCACAACGCGCAGCUCCAGGCGGUGAUGACGCACGCCGCCGCGCUGGGCCAGGUGCAGGGCGCGCAGCACCCGGCUAUCACUAACAUUAUGUCAGGACUAUACGGUGGCUGGGGCAUAGGCGACACGUUCCCGACGCCAUCGCCCGAGUCGCCCGACCAUUGGUCGACGCCGUCACCGCAGACGCCGCUCACGCAAUCCCCGCACUCGGAUUGGUCGGAUCGCGCCGCGCUCUCGCCCAAUGACAUGCAGCAAACGAACAAGGGCGCCACUGAAGCUAUCUACAUCUAAACGAUACUUUUGUAGGUAAAUCUUGGAUUUGGAAGCUGAAUUUAGAAAAUCGGUGACAUUACAAUGCGGUUCAAAAAUAUGUUGGUAAUAACUUUUUACGGGUGUUUAUCUUACUAACACUUUUUUUUACAAAAGGUAUCAAAAAAUUAAAACUAUAACCAUUUCAAUAACUGAAAUAAAUAAAAUGUAUUAUCUUCAAAAUAUUCUCUUUUGACUUCGACUCACAAACAUUUGUUAAAAUUAUUAAAAUUAUCAACAUAUAAUCUUUUUCAAACGCGAAGCGACUGACACAUGUCAAAAAUCAAUUAUAAGGCUGUGACAAUGCAAAUUAGAAACGAUUUUUAAGAUACUCGAUUAAAUCCGCAAAUGGCAAUAAUCGAUUUUAUUGAGGAUGAUUUCUAUUUUUAAGUAAACAUGCCUUCACAAUAGGAAAUAUUACGCGAGACUGCGUAGGGGGCGCCACUACCACAAUCCAUCACAAUGUGAGGGUCUACCGCGAAAUAAGAAAUCAUAAUUUCCGUUAUCUAACCUCUAUCACUCUUGCAUAUUUGAGCGAUAAAGAGACAGAUAACUAAAUUUCGAUUUUCGCGUUUUCAGGUAGGCUCUUUGUAAACAAACCGCCUUGAUGUAUCAAUGUCAUAUUUUAUAAUCUAUGAAAAUUUGAUAAAAUACAGUUUAAGGCACAGUAUGUAUAAGUUAGUCUAUGGUUUAAGAUAUGCUAGUGCUGCACUCUGGCGGCAGAACAUUGCAGUAAUACUUCUAUUGGACGCGGCUGAAACGAUUUGACACGAGCAGAAUCGAUUCGGUCUAUAAGUAGAGUCAUAUUCUAUUCCAAUUGAGUUCCGUUUUACGUAACUCAACGAUAUUACAUAAUUAUUUUUUAUUUUUAUAAUACCAUAUACAUUUUGAUGGUUUGUGUCUAUUAUAAUGAGAUAUUCUAAGCUACGAAGAUUUUUUGUCCUAUUGGGAUUAAUUAUUUGUUAAAAAAAAAGGAUUUGUCUGAAACGUCAAUGGCAUGGAAUGAAAAAAAAAUACCCUUUCCGUUUGAAAAAGAUUGUAAUACAAAAUAUUGUCAACGUACGUUUGGACCAGCAUAUAAUGGCUUGAAAAAGAUUCCAUCACAAUUUCUACUACAAAUACUUCGAUUGUAAUAUGUUGUGCAAAGGUAUACCGAUUUACAAUACGUAUGUAUUUUUUUAUAACGUACAUCAAUGCAGUGAAAUAUUCGGACUUCCUAUUCAGUAGCGAAUGUCUUUAGAAGAAAUAUCUUAUUGGAUAAGAUUUAUCUACAAUAAUGACUGAAUGUUAUGUUAUAGAUUUAACAGAUAUAUUAAAAACAUAUGUUUAAGGAUUGAUUGUAAGACUGUAGUGUUGAUGGACAUCUUUCGGACCAAAAAGAAUUAAAUUUAAAUUGACCGUUAGCAUGAGGUCGCUUGAUUAAGCGUAUUUUAGUUCGAACUAAAAUACUGCCUUAUUUUUUGUUCCAUUUUUUUAUUAUAAUUUUUUUCUUAAAUACACGGGCCGCUUCGAAGAAUGAUGAUAAGUUCUCAUUUAGAUAUCGUUUGUAUGUCGUAUAAUUGACAGAAGCAGCUCGAUUCGGGCAACCAAUGUCACUUUGACAUUAGAAAUAUCGUAGAUAGAUCUUAUUGGGAUCACAGCGGAAUCGAAAAAAAAACGUCAAUUUUUACAUGUCUUUUAGUUAUCGAUCUUUUAAAAAUCUUUCCAACGUGUCUUAAUCAUUCUUCAAAUCGGGCCGACAUUUUCUAAAGUGUGUAAUAUUUUACUUUACUAACUCUUCUAUUUCUUUUCUUGAUGAAACAAAAGUGAGAUAUUUUUACUCACUAAAAGCGACUUCAUAUUGACGGGUAUACCACAAACUUGUUUUUUAAACUAAAACCAUUAAAAGAACUAUGAUGCUUUCUGUAAUAUAUUCAUACAUACAAGGUAACAAUAUGCAUUUACAUAAAAACUACAGUAAUAAAUACAGAGUAAUUCAUGAGACGUGAGCAGGACUACAGCCUACACAAUCAGUAAAUGUUAAUGAAUCGUUCACCAUCAUAUUUAAGUAAAACAAUCACGCUUUUUAUCUGUUAUUUAACUUUUUCUUAAGGACAAAUUUGAUUAUCUACAAUCAUGGACACCCUACAACACUUAAUUAACAAAGAUAAAACCUCUUUAACCGUUAUGACAGCACUUUGAUUAUGAAGAAAAUAAAAUGUCACACUUGAGUGAGAUACGAUUUUAUAAAAGUAACCAGACUCCGAGGACAUUCAAUUUGUCACUUCUUAUGGAUAAAACAAAGAGGGUGACCAUAAAUAUCGUAAAUAAAAUUAAACUCUUUCUUUUUAACAGUAAAAAUUAAAUUAACGUUAAUCUCACAAAUACUGGUACGAAACAGUUGCUGAUAAUUUACCGAAUAUGCAGGCUUGAUCCUGCUCACGUCUCCUGAAUCAUCCUGUAUACAGUUUUAAACAGGGGCCCAUUUCUCGAACGAUAUUAGUCUAAUAUUAUUAGCAGACAUAGAAGUUUUUGUGGCAAAAUAGUGAUUGACAAAAUCAAAUAUCGACAUGUCUAUUAUCGAUGUUACCCGUUAUAGAUAUUUUAACACUGUAUAAAAAGAUAGCUACCGCGAAAUACACAACACGUUCGACAUCUUCUUUGAUACACCCAUUGGUAGUUUUCUUACUUUUUGACACUGUAUUCUACAGUUUACGUUUUUAUUUUUAAAUACUUAAUAUAUGUAAUAAAUAAAUUAUGAAGCUUAGAAUAAAUUUAAGAGUAGAAAAAUUACUGUCUUGGGUGAGCCUUGAACUCACGGCCUCUGGAUGGUCGGAUUUGUAAUUGAUUUGCAUUCUUGAAAUUUCCCGGUAAAUUACAGCAAGUAGAAAUUACAUUAUUCAAUUAUUAAUCUAUGACUGAUUUAUUAAUGUUAUUAUUUUAUUUGUCGAUGUUUCAUUUUCUCAUGCACUAGUUUUUGCCACAAAAACUUCUGUCUGAUUAUUAGCCCAAUACCGUUCGAGAAAUGGGCCCCUGGUCUCAUAUCCAAGUAAAAGUUUGUGGUAAUUGCAGUCAACAGUGGUGUAAUCUCAUGGUGUGUACCUCUAGCAGGUUGAUCUGUUUAGCCAUGACUCGGUGUAAUAAAAUUGCUUAUGUGCCUCGACGAUUUUUCGAUGUAUUUUUGCUUCAAAAAAGCAUUUGCCUUUAGGUGCGUGUCAAACUUGUUCGGGCUUUUAAGCUUAAUGAACCCCUAUGGUGCCUAUGGAUUAUUGAUACACUUUUAAGGUCCUUAUAAUUUUUAUUCACUUAGUAAAAAUGCUGGUCAAAUUUAAAUGUUAAUGCAUUUUCAUAUCAAUAUGUCGCAAAAAUACAUCGUAGGUCAUGACUAAAUCAUGUUUCAUACAAUUGUUGUGUUAUUAAAUGUUUUAAUGUACUUGUUUUAAUUAAACCGUGUUUUCAUUCAUUAAUCUAAAGGAUAAAUGAACAAAAAAAAGUGUAUUUUUCGCUAUUGAGGAUUAUGCAUAGCGAAGUGGACGAAAAUUAUUUAUGUGUGAUUCCUUAGUAUAAACACUAGUAGUUUAAAUGUAUGUAGCGCGUAUGUUUUUAAUUCGUUUUUAAGUUAUUUUAAGUGGAAAUUGUAAGGUGAGUCGAGAUCGUCGUUUUCUGAUUUUAUUUUGAUAUUUUUUACGGAAUUUUAUUGGUAAUUGUAAAAAUCCAAGCUUUGCUGAGUUGGGGUACGCGGGCUCGUAUUUCUCUCAUAAUGUCAGGAUGGCCGUGUCGAACGCAUGUUUUUUUAAAUCGCUUUAAAUUAUCAUUGGCAAAGUCCUGUCGAUUUUAGCACCAUAUGAAACGGCCGAUCUCGAUCUCAGCAUUAUAAUUGAAUAAAAGACGUUUACACAGUUCGGAACCAUUCCAUGUUUGCUUCCAUUGUCCGCCAUUUUGUGAAGAGGUGGCUUCAUUCGUACAUCACUAGAUCGGGUUCGAGUUAGCAUUUUACUCGUUGAGAUUAUUAUUUAUUGUUUUAAUUUAUUUUCUAAAUCGUAACGCGAGAGCGUGGGGCUCACGACACUGCCAAUUUCGUUUUUCCCGACCACCUCUUGUCUAUGGUGUUUCCAACGUAGUUAAUUACGGUUAGAUCUCAUCAUUCCAUUUUGCUUUAAAAAGAAUUAAAUUUUGUUUAACACGGGACCACUGAUGCUCAAUUUUGUUAGAAAAUAAAAAUCCGCGUUAUUUUGUAAUAUAUUUUACUGUAUUUUAAUAAGUUUAUGAAACUUCAGACACAGUUGAUGUAAAUAAACAUUCUUUAAACGAUUGAGAAAAUGAUCUUCGUAAUUUACUUAGUUUAUAUUUUGUAGAUGAUAGUUUUGAUAUUUUGUGUCAUCUUCAGUGCCAAUGUGCAAGGAAUGGGAAUGCCAAGCCGGUUGUAGACGGUUAAAAUAUGGGAAGUUUAGUGAUAAAUGUGUAUUACUAGUUACAGUAAUAAGUACAUAAUACGUGCUUCCUUUUGCAUUCUCUAUGAAUUAGAUAAUAAAAUGCCUAGCUUCUAUUAAGUACAAAAUUCUGUAGAUAUUCUCGAUUUUUACAGGCAUGGACUUGUUCUCAUUUCAUUACGAAUUUCAUUGGUAUUUUUCAAGAUAGGUGCUUUGUUUUUUAAAUUAUAAAAACCAUAAGUUUAGAAUAUUUUUUGCCCCCCUCUUUUUACUUGACUGAAGAAGAAGAAAAGGGCGUUUUUGGAUAUUUAGCGCAUCUUUGAUCAAGUUUGGACCAAGAGAACUCCUCUAUUGGCCUAUUAUUUUACAUAUAUUUUCCUAUGAAAUGUUUAAGUUCCGCUUCAGUUUUUACAUUAUUGUAUUAUUUUUAUUUAAAUGCGUGGAUUUGGGCACAAUGCAUGUAUAACAUUCAAUCCCGUGCCUUCGGUAGUAUAAUUAUACUAAGCAAUGUAAUUUAAAUGAAAAGUAGACUAAGAGCAUUUUAGUUCUAGUUUUGUAAAUACAUUCUAUCAUUAUUUUUAUGAAAUGCAUUUCUUUGUAAGAAUUUGAAGUUUUCUAUGAUUCAAAUUUCAAAUGUUUUCUCCCUUACUGACAAUAAACGAAUAAAUUUAUAAA